AUGUUGGAGGCUCUGUUAAUGACCACCCUGUGCCUGACGGCCACGGCUCUGCCGGCUUCUCCUGAAAUUCCUCAUAUUCCUGCUCCACCUGCUGUUCCUGAUAUUCCUGAUUCUCCACAUAUUCCUCAUAUUCCCGAUUCUCCACAUAUUCCUCAUAUUCAUAAUCCUCCUGCUGUUCCUGAGAAUGAGGGAAUUAUCAUCAACCUGAAAAAUGGAGAGCUGUGUAUGUUCAGUGUGCAGUGUAAGAGCUCCUGCUGCCAGCGUUCCUCUGGUCUUGACCUCUUUCGCUGUGCUCCACGUGCUGCAGAGCGAGAGACAUGUUCCAAAAAGACCCUGUAUGGUACGUACUACUACUGCCCCUGUGAGAACGGACUUAAGUGCGAUGGUGACUGGUCUAUUGGAGGAUCCAUCACCAACACCAACUUUGGAACCUGCGUGGACCCCAACUCUCCUGUCUAAGGCUGUCUGGAACAUCCUUAAUGCCCUUAAUGCUCUAAUGAUAAAAUCAUGCUGGUAUGCUGUGCGUAGUACAUUAGAUAUGAUGCAGAAAACAUAGACCUAUAAGAAAUUGUGAAUUAGCUAAAUGCCAAGUCAAAAUGAGUCAGUUCCUCUUUACAUCAGGUGAUGUGUCUCAAUUUUUGUCUCAGUGCAAUCUCAAUGUUUUCUUUCUCAGUGCAAUUUUUAAAAUAUUUUAAUAGUGUACCUCAAUUUUCAGCAUAACACAUUCAAAGCAUUUUGGCUCUUAUUCAUCAGUGUUGCAUAUGGUCAAACUUGAUCAUGAAAUGAGUGCAACUAACAGACAUCUGAAGCAUCUGCAUGAAUUAGGGAGUGCUUCAUGUAAAUAAUAUGUAAACGAGGUACUGGCAGGCUGGAGCUUGAUUUCACGCACUGUAGUCAGUGCAACUGACAGUUUUAAUAUUCGUCAAUGUCAUUUUUGUCGUAAACUCUAGUCUAGUAGAAAUAUGUGUAAAUUUGAGUGUAAUAGUUUAACAACUUGAAAAAAGUGCUUGUAUCACAGUUAACCAAAACUAUUAUCACUAUCAUCUAAAAUACCUGAUAAGAUAAAAAUGAUAACAAUAAUAAUAAUUUGUGCACAUGGCAAACCAGUACAAAGAGGUGCACUGAUUUCAGUUGUUAUAAACAUUAUACACAUUGGUAUAAACAACUGCUGCAACUAUACCAAGUUAAAAAUGUUUUUUUUAUUUUAUUUUUUUUUGGGGGUUGGGGGGGCAGAAUAGUCACACUACACAAUCACAUCAUACAUUUUAUUUAUGUCACAUCUUAUUCUUUCCAGUCAUUGUAAUUUUAAAACAAAGUUUGGUCUGUAGGGGGAGUUGUGCACUCACUGCUCAACCUCAAGCGCCGCCUACAAGCUGAGACGUUGGCUUAUGCUGUUGUUUUAUUGGCUUCAUACUGAGACAUCUGCAUGAGUUAGGGCAUGCUUCAUGUAAAUGAGGUACUGGUAGGCUGGCGCUUGAUUUAACACAUUGAAGCUGAUUUACUAUAAUUUUUGUGCUCAAAUCUCUACUCGUUUCCAUGUUGUGCGAAAGUUUAAUGAAUCAGAUGCGGAGCUGUUCGUAUGUCAUUAAAGACAGUCAAAUCUG